GUCGAAAGUUAUCAAUGCUGAAAACUUUACAACAAUUAGGAGAUUGUUGAAAAAUAGAUUAGAAAAUGAUUAUAACCAAUACCAGGAUUAUAACGAACAAUAUCUUCAUUUAAAACACAUGAUGAAAAGAACUGUAGAUCAUGGGGAAUCAAACUCUGCCUUAGUCAUUGGACCUAAAGGCUGUGGCAAAACAACUCUAAUUAAUAAAGUUAUUAACGAAUUACUAGCUGAAUAUGAUUUUUCUGCAAACUCUUCAUUGGUAUAUUUGUCAGGAAUAGUUCAUACAAAUGAUCGUCUUGCCUUACAGUCAAUUACUAUCCAAUUAAAAUUAGAAGAGUCAGUUGAGGGAAGAGUUUUUGGUUCUUUUGCUGAUAAUUUAGCUUAUCUGCUAGCAUGCCUGAAAACCGGAGAUAAACAGUCGAAAAGUGUAAUAUUCAUUAUAGAUGAGUUUGAUUUAUUCUGUUCUCAUCACAAUCAAACACUACUUUAUAAUUUGUUUGAUAUCGCUCAAUCAGCACAAGCACCUAUUUGUGUAUUAGGCUUGACAUGCAGAUUAGAUGUUGUUGAGUUGCUGGAAAAAAGGGUUAAAAGUAGAUUUUCUCAUCGGCAAAUAUUUCUUUGGGACAAUCGAGAUAUUGACAAAAUAGAUAAACGCAUUAACUUGUUCAAAAGCCUUUUGUUAUUACCCACUUCAGAGAAUAUAUCCUAUCAAAGAUGGAACAAAAGUAUUGAAAAAUUAAUGAAGAUACCAAAUGUUAAGAAAAACUUGGAACAUAUUUUUGAUGUAGAUCUUAGUGGCCGAAAUUUGCAAAAUUUACUUAUGAUAACAAUAUCAAAAUUAUCUGUCGAACAUCCUGAGUUAACUGAACUAGAUAUUCUAGAUUUAGUACAAAAAACCUACAAUGAUAAUAAAAUAUUCAUCUUACUUGGACUUUCAGUACUUGAAAUUUGUCUCUUGAUUUCUUUCAAACAUCAUUCUGAAAUUUAUGAUGGUGAACCAGCAAACUUUGAAAUGAUUUUUGAUAGAUAUAAGAAGUUUACGAAUAGUAAUACAUCAAUUCAAACGGUUCAGCGAGAAGUAGUACAGAAAGCUUUUGAGCAUUUAGUUAGUUUAGAGUUAAUAGUUCCUAUCGGGAACCCAAUAAAAGCUCAUAAAGAAUACCAUCUUCACACAAUGCUGGUUACAUCCACAGAAAUCAUGACUGCAGUUAAGAAAUAUCCUACACUUCCUACAGAAGUUUUACAAUGGGCAACUAGUUCAUUAGUUUAAUUGAAACUUGAAAAUAAUAUGAAAUAGAAUGCUUUGCUGUUAACUUCUGGUAUUUACCAUUUAAUAUUUAUUAUUUAAUAUUUG